CUCCUCCUCCUCCCCGUCGUCGUCUUCUUCUUCUUUUUCUUCUUCUUCCUCCUCAUCCUCCGCCUCCUCACUCGCUUUUAUGUCAGGAUGUUGCCUGUGGUGGCUAAAUGUUAUUCCAUUGUUUCUGGCUAAAGGUACCCAGCAUUCUGUGGCUUUAAUGUUCCGUGCGGCUAACAGAAAAACCAUCAGCAAAGCGGGAAACGGCUGGCACUUUCGCCGGACAAUGGACGAGCUGGUCCAUGAUCUGGUGUCAGCACUGGAGGAGAGCUCAGAGCAGGCGGCGCGGGGUGGCUUUGGCGAUGGCGGCGACCACGCGUUGUCCGUGGGCUGUCUGCUGAAAAGACAGGCCCGCAAACGCAGGGGCAGGAAACGGCGCUCGGACAACCCGCACCCGCCCUGGGAGGCGGGACACCUGAGCGAAGGCUCGGAGUCCAGUGUAGAGGAACACAAGGACUACCGUGCCAGCACAGGAGGCGUGUCCGCCGCCAACAGCCAUGCUCGUGACAACAGCGACUCGGACGAGCAGCUCGGCCCCAAACGGCGCACCCCCCUGAUGUCCGACAUGGGCAGAGGCAAGCGCCCACUGUGGCCGGACGACCUGGGCAUCCUAGGCUCCACCGAGGGAACGCGCAGCCUCAGGCGACGCCGCAAGGUCAAACGCAUGGCCGUGGACCCCCCUGCCGAGCCGGAGCCCCCCUCCACUAUGAUGCUGGCCCCUCCGCCCGUCCCCAAAGGCCGUGCGGGAGCCAGACCCGAAGCCAGGGUGGCCAUGGAGAUCUGCGGAGGAGGGCUGGCAGGGCCGGUGGGUGGGAAGAGCAGGAUGAAGAAGAGGAAGCUGGCCCCCCUUAGGGUUGGAGUGGAGGCUGCCGACGAAGGGGUGGUGGUGGAGAGCGAGGAGCCCGUGGCUUCUCCGGUGGAGGCCUCCAAGGACAAGAUGGAGCUGGAGGAGCAGAAGGGGUCGGACGAGGAGAUGAGUGACAGGUGUGAGACGAGCAGUGUGAGUAACAGCAGCGACGGAGGCCUCUACACCAACGAUGAGGGCAGGCAAGGUACUCCCUCUUCAUGUGUUAAAGGCGACGACGAGCAGAGUGACUGGUUCUACGAGGGUGAGCCCGGCUCCGGUUCGGUGCCCGGGGGCGCUUGUGGGGUGGCGGGCGUCAUCCCCUGGUGGGAGAGGGACGCCGGAUCAGAGGAGCUGGAUCUGACGGACCCGGUCUUCAAUAACAUCCUCACAGGCUCCUUCCCCCUCAUGACCACCGAUGCCAAGAGAGGAUUCCAGGCCCGACUGAACCGUCUUCACGGACACCAGAAGCAGGGCGGCAGUGGUCAAGAGCCGUGGUUCAGCUCAGGCUCCAGGCGGGACCAUGGACAGUUGCACUGGGACACUCGGCCAGACAGAGGCCACCGGAGAAGCUGCUCCGUAAAAACAGCCAACAGACAGACGAGCGGCCACCUCGGCUCCCUGUGCAUGGGUGACGUCAAGCGGAGGCGGAAAGCAGCCCCCCUUGGCUCCACGGCGCCCUCAGCAGUGGUUGGGGAGAACGUGCCACCCAUCCCGGACACCAACGUGGGCAACCGCAUGUUGCAGAGCAUGGGGUGGAGCCCGGGCAUGGGCCUGGGUCCAGAGGGGCGGGGAAUCACCGAGCCCAUCCGGACCUUACAGAGACCGAAGGGUGCAGGUCUAGGUUUCAACUGACCUCCGCACAGAUUCUGGGACCUAAAAGGGGGCGUAGGAGUGAGGCGUCGCUGCAGGAAAACAUCUGUACAGGAGGCAUUGGAAGAAUAACUUCCCAUAUUGGGGAGACUGCAAGGAGCCUGGGAGGUGGUCAGUGGAUGUGAGCUGAAGCAAAGACUGAACCUCCAUGUUGGAGGACCUCUUUUUUGACCUCUCUGCCUCAUCAGCAACUAUCAGGCUACCAGGUAACGUGACCGCACAGUUUCAGACUGCAGGUCAGUUGCAUAAUUCUGUACAGUAUAGUUGUGGACUAUAUCUCCAGAUAAAGACUGUGUGAAGUUACACUGUAUUGAUGUACGGACCCUCUCCGUUUUAUUGCUUACAGAAUGUUCAUCCUUUAAAAAAAAAAAAAAAAGACUCAACCCUUUUAUUUUUUCCACCACAAAAAUUUGCAUGUGCAGCACACUGUUCCAGUUAUAUUUUAUUGACAAGGGUUUUAUCUGCACUCACAACAUUUCAAGCAUUUUAAUGUUGAUUUGUUUAUUUACCACCUCAAAAAAGGACAAAAGUCAGUUUGUGCAGCUGAUUGAAAUGUGGUCAGAAUUUUGAAAUCGUGCAUUGGAUUACAGUCGUCCCUCACAAUAUUGCUGUUCCGAUAUCACUCCCUAAUAGUGCAUUGGAUUACAGUCGUCCUUUCACAAUAUUGCUGUUCCAAUAUCACUCCCUCGCUUGACGGUUUCCCAGAAAUUAAUUAAUUAAAACAUGUUCGCUCUUUCGAGGUAGACUAUGGUCUAUUAUUAGUCAAGACAUGGAAAUCCAAGUGAUAUGUAGUAUUGUGGUCACUAGGUGGCAAUAAUGACACAAAGCAUUGAGACAUUAGCUGACAUGACAUUACCUUAACACUGCAUGAAGUCAGCCGUGCUAUGUCCCACACAGUAGUGAAAAAAAGUUAUCCCAUUCUGUGUGGAAGUGGUAUGUUUUUGGCUUAAGUUUAGAAGAAAUACAGGGUAGCUGGUUAGCUCGUUAGCUUGCUAGCUAGCAGCCGUCUGGAGUCCUUGCAGCAUAAGAGUUGCAAUGUGGUGUAAACUAUGAAUAAUAUGAGUGUAAAGGUGACAAAAAGUGUGUUAUUUCAUGUGUACACGACUCUGGUAAUGUUAAAAAUCAUUGUUAGAAAGUCAUGAACAGGUUUUCUAUGCUCUAUGAAAAUAUUCCAUAUAUUAACAUUGAAUCCUAUAUCGCGGAAAUUAAUUGAACUUGGAACCAAGUACCCGCCACAAAUGAGGGACGACUCUGUGAUGGAAAUCAAUAGAGGAAAUGCUACUUUGCCUAUUCUUUUGGGUUGGUAUUCAUUGAAAUGAUUUUUUUUUUGUCUUGAUUGACACUUGACUCAGCUAGUCAAUGUGAGCGAAUGUGUCUUAUUAAGAUGAGAGGUCCAAUAAAGACAAAAGUCACACAGAGCUAAGAACCGAC